AUGGCAGCCACCAACAAUCCCCUCGAGCACACGCACGCCUCCACCCCUCCCACCCUCUCCGCCCAGACCUUCACCAUCGCCGGCAUCCUCGUCACCGUCCAUGGCCUCGCCGAGCUCCCCUCCGACGUCUCCUCCCUCGCCUGCCUCUGGCUGCUGAACCCCCGCCUCCAGACAAAAGAGGCCAUGGCCCCCACCGCCGCCCACAUCAUCUCCGCCUGGAACGCCCACCCCAAGCGUGCAUCCAAAGGCCUCAUCGCCGCAGCCUUCGACCAGCGCAACCACGGCUCGCGCCUCGUCGAUAAACUACACAACGAGGCAUGGCGUCAGGGCAACCCGCGCCACGCCCAGGACAUGUUCAGCUGCUACCACGGCACCGCAACAGACUGCUCGCACCUCAUCCAUCAUCUCGAGAGCUACAUCUUCCACACCCCGUCCUCGCCCAGCAUCACCAACCACUUCGCCCUCGGUAUCUCGCUCGGCGGACACGCCACCUGGCACUGUCUUCUCUCCGACCCCAGGAUCACUGCCGGCGUCGUCGCCAUUGGCUGCCCAGACUACACACGCCUCAUGACAGACCGCGCCCGCCUCUCCAAGCUCCCAACCUACACCGACACCUCGCCGCCGGGGUGCGAGUUCCUCGGGAGCAAACACUUCCCCCGUGCGCUCCAGGACGCCGUCGCCCACUACGAUCCUGCAGGCCUCCUCCUCCCCGGCGCCUUCAACCCCACGGGCGCAGACCCCGAGCCCUCCGAGGCAGCACUGGACCGGUUCAAGACACUCGCCAGCGAACGGCUGGGCGGGAAACAGAUACUCAACCUAAGCGGGCGAGACGACAAACUGGUGCCCUAUGCCGCCGCCGAGCCCUUCUUGAAGGAAUUCAAGCAGCUGUUGAGCGACCACCCCACCCUGGACAUAGCCUUCGAAGACGUCCUCUUCGACGGCGUCGGACACGCCUUUCCAAAACAAAUGGCAGACAAAGCCGCCCACUGGCUCUGCCACAUCCUGGCCAACGAAGACGGCCCUGCCCAAGGGCGGCGUGGAAGCAAGAUGUAG